AUGCUUGCUGCCAAGGAGUAUAAGUUGGCUAUUCUUUUGGAGACAAAAGUUAAGGAGAAUAAUGUUAAUACUACUUUUCAAAACCUUAAAAGGGGAUGGAAAUUCACUCAUAACUAUAGUCCAGAACACCAUACCAGAAUCUGGAUUGGUUGGGAUGAGGAGAGCUUAAAGGUUGAGAUCAUUAAAUCUAAACCUCAAUUUAUUCAUUUGAAAGUUGGAAUUCUUGGUUCUUCUUUGGCCUUCCACUGCACCGCUGUUUAUGCUUUUAAUACUCUUGAGGGGAGGCUUGAGCUGUGGAAGGACAUAGAGGAAAUUGUUGCUGGUAUGAUCGACACCUGGGCUGUAAUGGGGGAUUUUAAUAUUGUUUGGCAUCAGAAUGAGAAGCUUGGAGGGGAGGCCAUUCUUCAUGGGGCUGUGGAGGACUUUAACGCUUGUAUUUUCAAUUCAGGCCUAGCUGAUUUGAAGUGGAAAGGAGAAAUGUUUACUUGGAUGGUUAAGAAAGGCUGGGCUUUCCCUAUAAAGCCACAGUCCAAUCCUCUUCUUUGUUUCGCUGCAAAGUUAAGGAAUGUUAAGCUUGAGCUGAAGAGGUGGAAUAAGGAGGAUUUUGGGGAUGUUUUUCACUCUAUCAAGGUGGUCGAAGAGGAACUUUCCAGAAUUCAGGCUGAUAAAUCUUUGAAUCCGAUGGAUGACUCUCUAAUUAUCCUAGAGAGAAAGGCCAAGGGUAAGCUCUGA